AUGGACCUCGAUGCUGGUGCCGACGACUUUUUUGCAGCGCUAGACAACGGCGGUGCCGACGACGUCUUUGCUGGCUUUGGAGCUGCUCAAGCGGAGACGAAUACUGGCGGCCACCCCUCGUUAGACGAUGAGCCUCUUAUCAUGGUCGACAAGAAGAAGAAAGUAGAGGCAGCUAAGAAAGCUGCAAGGAAAGAAGCAGCAGCUCGUUCAGCUGCAGCUAAAGCUGCUAGACAAGCAGAAGAGCCGGCACUGCCCAUGGAGGAACGGAUCGUGAACUUGUUAGUGCCAGAACUUCAAGUGAACGACGUGAUGCUGUUGAUCCGCAAGAUGAAGCAGGCAGGCAAGUCGGACGCUGACGAGUUCUCGGAGCUCGAUGCGGAGCAGAAAACAGCUCCGCGGUUUCGAUGCGAGACAUGCGGCAAUACAGAGCAGAACAAUUUCAUCACAGAUUAUGCACGCGGCGACACGAUCUGUAAUGGACUGGAUGGUAAUGGGUGUGGUACUGUGGUGCAAGAUCAUAUUGUGCACGAAGGCAGCGCGUACCGUAAGUUUGAAGGUGAAGAGGACAAGUCACAUCAUGGACCUGCGCCUAAUAAGUUGUUCUCAACGGGACACAACUUGCGUACGCUGAUUUCGCAGGAUGGUGAAAUGGCGGGAAAUUUACGACGUGCAGCAGAAUUCGUGGAAAUGAAUCUUAGUCAGAUGGGCAAGGAUGAACGAAGGACGCGUAUUGGCUACAAGGACCAGAUGAAACAAAAAGCGUGUCGUUUGAUCGAUCACACGAUGAGCAACUUGGAUCUGCACGAGAUCGUGGGCAGUCGCGCAAAAAAAAUGUUUGCCGAGUUUCGUGACGUUCGUGAGCAUGUGCAUCAGUUUGAUGCCAUGGUCGCAGGCUGUGUGAUCGCGGCUUAUAUGGAAACUAGCAAAGAAAUGUACUCUGCUCAGAAUGGAAUUCGCAUUGGCCAACAAAGACAGGCAGGCAUCGCUAGUCUAGCGCUUCCACCAAACAAGGCAGUGGAUGAGAAGAAACUACAUCCGUUUAUGUGCCCGCUGUGUGAUAUGAAGUUUAACGCUCGCCGUGGGAUGCAGUUUCACAAAUGCGCGGGUAAACCAGAAGAGGACAAAGAGAAGGCUUUACGAUCUAACUUGUCGCCUGUGGUGUUGCCGGAGCAUCUCCAACCGAUCAUCGAGAUGAAGAACGGCAAGCAGUGGUUCAAGUGCCCUGUGUGUUCACGUGCGUAUGGAAAAGAAGAGAGUUUGACAGAGCACAUGGUGCGUCACAACAACCAGAUUAAAAAGCGCAAGCACCACAUAGAAACAAGCAUGAUCGACUCGACGCGCCUCGCCAAGACCACGAAGCUUGCGUCUGCCAACCCUUCCGUGCAGGUAAACACGCACGAGCAAGUCAUGUUUCGCGGUGAAGGUCGGCAGGCGUGGCUUCAGCGCCUGGCGGAGGGAUAG